AUGGCCUUCUCUGCUUCCCCUUCCCUCUCCUCCCUCGCUUCCUCCACCGCCGCCAUCGCCGCCGCCACCCCCUCCCCUUCCCGCUGCCCCACUUCCAACCCCUUUCCCGAUCCAAAACCUCUGCACCUUUCCGUCAAACUAUUCUCCCCGCUCCCCAAACUUCCUCGGCUCUCCUGCCCCGGCCCGCAAGCCCCCCGCGCCGCCACCGGCGAUGGAUCGGGUGCCGGGAACCACGGCAACGGCUCAGGUGGAAGCGGCGGGAAAGAUGGAGGUGGCGACGAUGACGAAGGCAGCGGCGAAGAUUACGAGGAGGCCGAGUUCGGGCCGCUGCUCGGCUUCAGCGAGGUGCUGCGCCUCGCCGCGGCCCGCGGCGUCGCGCUCCCGGGUGACAUGAUGGAGGCCGCCAAGGACGUCGGCAUACGGCAAGUCCUAUUGCUCCGGUACUUCGAUCUGCAGGCCGGACCGUGGCCAAUCAGCGCGAUGAUCCGGGCCUUCUCAGCGCUCCGCAACAGAAUGCUUGCUGAUCCUUCGUUCCUCUUCAAAGUUGGUACCGAGGUUGUGAUUGACUCGUGCUGUGCAACGCUUGCGGAGGUGCAGAAGAGGGGGGAGGAUUUCUGGUCAGAGUUCGAGUUGUAUGCUGCUGAUAUUUUGAUUGGGGUGGUUGUCGAUAUCGCCCUCGUUGGGAUGUUGGCUCCAUACGUGAGAUUCGGAAAGGCUUCUUCUUCUACAGGGCUGUUUGGAAGAUUCAGCCGCAUGGCUGGAGCUUUGCCAAGCAGUGUAUUUGAAGCUGAAAGGCCAGGCUGCAGAUUUACAGUUCAGCAAAGAAUUGGAACAUACUUUUAUAAGGGUGUUUUGUAUGGCUCAGUUGGGUUUGUCUGCGGUAUAAUUGGCCAGGGAAUAUGUAAUAUGAUAAUGACUGCGAAGAGGAGUGUUAAGAAAUCAGAUGAAGAUAUUCCUGUUCCGCCACUUAUUAAAAGUGCUGCUCUUUGGGGUGUAUUUCUUGCUGUAUCAUCUAAUACGCGCUAUCAGAUCAUCAAUGGUCUGGAGCGAGUAGUUGAGGCAUCACCAGUUGCAAAGGGUGUCCCCCCUGUUGCUAUGGCUUUCACUGUUGGUGUUCGUUUUGCCAACAACAUCUAUGGUGGCAUGCAGUUUAUCGAUUGGGCCCGAUGGAGUGGUGUUCAGACGACCCAAUUUGAACACGCAAUGGCUACACUCGUAUGCUAUAACCGCGCGAAACAGAGGCGAGGCAUGAUGGUCCUGAUCAUGGCGGCUCUUCUGUCGAUGGUGGUGACGCUUCUAGCCGCACCAGCUGCGGCGGCCGCCGAUUGCCGGACGAGCUGCGGGCUGAACGAUUUCUCCUACCCGUUCGGCAUAGGCCCUGGGUGCUCCCUGCAGGGGUUCAAUCUCACCUGCGACGCCAAGAAGCGCCUCCUGCUCGGCAGCCCGAACGUGACGGUGGACUACACGAUCUUGGCGAGCGGCUCCGUCUCUGCGCUCGCCGUCUAUGUCGCGCGCACGGUGCAAAUGGGAUCCGGCGCCGGCACCUUCUCCACCUCGUGGGAAGGCCCUGGCACGCCCUUCGCCAUCUCCGGUGCGGCAAACAUGUCGCUGUUUGUCCUCGGCUGCGGCGUCACGGCCACCCUGCUCGACCGUGGCGGCACAGGAGCUGUGGUAGGCAACUGCUCCGUGGUCUGCGCCGGCGAUGAGAUCAUGCGGAGGCUGCCGGAUGGGCUCUGCGUCGGCCUGGGUUGCUGCCGCAUCGACCUGAGCGUACACCUCCGGGCGUUCACCCUCAACAUAUCGCGCGCCGGCGGCGACGGUGUCAGCCGGGACAAGCUGAGCUUCUUGGUCGCUGGCCGGGAUAAGUACACGUUCAGACCCAGCGAUCUGGAGCAUGACAUUGAUGUGGACAUGGUUCCUCCAGCUCGGCUGGAUUGGGCCAUCCCCGACCAGCCAGACUGCCGGCGCGCCAUGGACGACAGGGCGACCUAUGCCUGUGUCAGUAACCAGAGUGAGUGCCGGAACUCGCCGAUCGGAGGCUACGUCUGCCACUGUUCCAGGGGCUUCUCGGGCAACCCCUAUGUCGUCGAUGGCUGCACACCGGACCAAGUUUACGGCUCCAGCCAACCCAAGGACAAUUGCCCGACCAUGUGCGGGAACGUGAGCGUUCCAUUCCCCUUCGGCACAGAGCUCGGCUGCUUCGCAAGGAUCAACCUUUACCUGACAUGCAACCCAGGGUCUUCUCCUGCCAUCCUCCAAAUGACCGAGCACUUGGUAGUCACUGACAUUUCUAUCAACGAAGGCAUCUUGAGGAUUCAGAAGCUGUCCGAUCCAGGUGAUUUCCUAGGAGACCGGAGCACCACGCUCUACUCAUUCUCUGAGGAAUCUGGCAUGUUGAAGUGGGCUGUUGAUAACUCCACGUGCAAGGAGGCGAUGCUGAACAAGAACGAGUACAGAUGCGUCAGCGCUCGUAGCGACUGCCUAGAUGUCACCGACGACAGAACAAGUAAUCAUGUGGGCUACAGGUGCAAAUGCUCUUCCGGUUUCCAAGGAAAUCCUUACUUCCAAGAUGGAUGUACAGAUAUCAACGAAUGCUUGCAACCAGAUAAAUACACUUGCAAUGGCAUCUGUCAGAAUAGCCUGGGAAGUUUUACUUGCUCUAGAUGUCCGCAUGGAACAGAUUUUGACAGAACUGCAAGGAAAUGCAAAACAUCCGACGUUAUCUUAGGUGUUACCAUUGGAUUAAGCUCUGGCGGAGGAGUCAUAUUUCUUGCCGCGAUUCUGGUCAUUAUCAUCCAUAGAUGGAAGAAAGAUGCCCAAAAACAGCUCAGGAGGAGGUACUUCCGUAAGAACAAAGGCAUCCUCCUUGAACAACUCUUCUCUUCUGACUCAAGUGCUAGUGACAGCACCAAGAUAUUCUCCCUGGAAGAGCUAGAGAAGGCAACCAAUAACUUCAACCUCUCACGUGCGGUUGGCCGCGGCGGCCACGGGACAGUGUACAAGGGCAUCCUGACGGACCAGCGCGUCGUCGCAAUCAAGAGGGCAGAGCUCGUGGCGAGCAGCGAGAUCGACCAGUUCAUCAACGAGGUUGCCAUCCUAUCACAGAUCAACCACCGGAAUGUGGUAAAGCUCCAUGGAUGCUGCCUGGAAGCCGAGGUCCCCCUGCUUGUGUACGAGUUUAUCUCCAACGGCACUCUCUACGACAUGUUGCACUGCAAGCAAGAUGGUGAUCUGUUACCGCUGCCUUGGGAGGAGCGCCUAAGGAUCGCCUCUGAGAUCGCUGGAGCACUCACGUACCUGCACUCUGCAGCUUCAGUCUCAAUCCUUCAUAGAGACAUCAAGUCCAUGAAUGUACUCCUGAACGACAGCCACAUGGCAAAGGUUGCAGACUUCGGUGCGUCGAGGUCAAUAGCGAUUGACCAGACACAUUUGGUCACCGCCGUGCAGGGUACCUUCGGCUACUUGGAUCCUGAGUACUACCACACGGGCAUAUUAACUGAAAAGAGUGAUGUUUACAGUUUCGGGGUUAUACUUGUUGAGUUGCUGAUGAGAAAGAAGCCCCUCAUUGAGAACGAGCAUGGUGAGAAGCAAAACCUGUCGAAUUAUUUCCUCUGGGCCAUGGGGGAGACGCCCCUGAAGGAGAUUGUGGAUGAUCAUGCUCUGGAGGAAGGAAAUAAGGAGGUGAUCAAACACAUGGCUGGCUUAGCGAGAGAGUGCCUGAAUCUGAGGCGACAUCAGAGGCCUAGCAUGAAGGACGUGGAGAUGAGGCUGCAGUCUCUGAGGGCACAGAAGGUUGCUCCGAGAAAGGAUGACGUGGUUCGGCAUCCUUACGGUAGAGAAGGAAGGUAUGAUGGGCUUCAAGGCGAUGUUCCAUUGGCUGGUCAAGAUGGCACACGCCAGUACAGUCUGAGCAAGAGUUCGGGUCGUCCUUGA